GCUUCUCUGCAUCUCUCCAUCUUUGUUGAGAGUCUGGGAGUGGCAGGAAGGGAGAAAAGCAGAGAACAAAGCCGGAGGCAGAGGAGGACGAGGUCAAGCAGGAUUUUCCUGAUUAUCAUCACAGCAUCCUUGAGUUUACGGCUACAGCAUGGCUGAGGGCUCAGCGUCUCCAGCAGAGGUGGAGGGCGCCUUCCAGAAGUUUGCCGUCCAUGGAGACUCCAAAGCCACGGGAAAGGAGAUGAAUGGCAAGAACUUCGCCAAAAUGUGCAAAGACUGCCACAUCACCGACGGCAAGAACGUCACCACUACAGAUGUCGACAUUGUUUUCAGCAAAGUCAAGGCAAAGUCUGCUCGUGUGAUCACCUUCGAGCAGUUCAACCAGGCCCUGGCUGAGUUGGCUCCGAAGCGUUUCAAAGGCAAAAGCAAAGAGGAGGCGCUUCAGCAGCUCUACGGUCUCAUUGUCGGGAAGGAGCCCGCUAAUGUCGGAGUCACUAAAGUGGCAAAGGCUUCAGCAGUGGACAGACUGACCGAUACAAGCAAAUACACUGGGUCACACAAGGAGAGAUUCGACGACUCGGGCAAGGGAAAAGGAAAAGCCGGACGUGAGGACAUCCCAGACACCAGCGGCUACGUGUCGGCUUACAAGGGCAGCGGCACUUAUGAAGACAAAGUGAAAGAAGCCUAAUCUAUCCAGGAAAUGAUGAAAACUUUGUCACACCAAAGCCUGAACCAAGGGUACGAAAGAAAGACCCAAAAAGUAUUUUUCAGAUAAAUGAAAUUAGUUAAUACAGCAUUUUAAAUUACAUGUAGCAUGUGAACUGCAUAUUUUCAGUUGUUUUGCAGGGACCAAGUGAUAACACUGUUUGCCUUGAUGUAUGACUCUGCUUUGCACUGUGCACCACUAACACCUUAUUGCCUUAUUGAAUAGUCCCCCACUAAUGCAAAUACUUUAACAUGAUGUGCUGCUUCACUCAGUUACCUCGAUGAUAAUCAAGCAGGAUUCAGCAAAUAGCUCUAUAUCAGUAACUUGAUUUUCUGAGGUCGUCACGUCACCAAUCAGUGCCCUUUAUCAGUUUUCAUACAUUUUGUUAUUAUUGUGGAUGGUUAUAUUUCGUAGAUUAUAUACCAUCUAUACAUUUCCGGAAAGAGUCUACUCAUGAAGCUAUUUUGUAGCGACUAUAGUCUCACAUAGUCUGUUCUAGGUCAUCUUAAUGUAGUAAACAUUUUGUGUAGGUUUCUUUUCAUGCUGAAAGAACAAACUGUGUCCAUUAUCUUUCUGAAUGAAAACGGAAUGAAGAAGACUGAAUGUAAAAAUCCAAAUACAUAUAUUAAAAAGGGA